GUCAGCAGGAGGCAGAGUUUGGUACUUCGUCUCCCGAGUCAAAGCCGCCCAGCAAUCGUGCUGGCUUAUAUUUUUGUGAAAUAGCUGUUGUUAUCUACGUGACUGCACUCACUGUCUGUUAGCUCAUUGCAAAGGAAAGUGCGCAGUUAUGGAGUAUUGAAUCUUUGUGAGAAGUCUUUGGUAUUAUUAGCAGUCCACAAUGGGUAAGCAAAACAGCAAGCUGCGCCCAGAGGUGAUGCAGGAUUUGUUAGAAAGCACAGAUUUCACAGAGCAUGAAAUUCAGGAGUGGUACAAAGGGUUCCUUAGGGAUUGCCCCAGUGGACACUUAUCAAUGGAAGAAUUUAAGAAAAUAUAUGGGAACUUUUUCCCUUAUGGGGAUGCAUCUAAAUUUGCUGAACAUGUUUUCCGUACCUUUGAUGCAAAUGGUGAUGGUACAAUAGAUUUUAGAGAAUUCAUCAUUGCUCUGAGUGUCACAUCUAGAGGAAAAUUGGAACAGAAAUUGAAAUGGGCCUUUAGUAUGUAUGACUUGGAUGGAAAUGGAUACAUCAGCAAAUCAGAGAUGCUGGAGAUAGUUCAGGCAAUUUACAAGAUGGUUUCAUCAGUUAUGAAAAUGCCUGAGGAUGAGUCUACCCCCGAGAAAAGAACAGAGAAAAUAUUUAGACAAAUGGAUACCAACCGUGAUGGUAAACUGUCUUUGGAAGAAUUUAUUCGAGGAGCCAAGAGUGACCCUUCCAUAGUGCGACUCCUGCAGUGUGAUCCCAGCAGUGCUGGCCAGUUUUGAAACCCAGGAUCUCAUAUAUUAUUAUCAUCAGUUUGUUUUUGUUUUCUCCUCUUUUGCCCGCAGACUUCUCAAUAUUUUUGAUUUCUCCUCAGCAUGAUUUACUGUGCCUUUGUCUUGGCAUGUAUAAAAGGUUUAAUAGUCUGGAACAUGUUUUACAUUAGUUGUUUUAAUCUGUACAACAUAAUGCUGUCCAAAAUGCAAAAAUCCUCUCACAUGGAACAAAAGAUUUUACGGGUUUUACUUAAUUAAUGUGUUAAGAUUUGAAUCAUCUUUCCUUUACAUUAAUGAAAAAUCCAAAACAAAACACUCAUAGUCAUAAACAUGUUUCAGCAUUUUUUCAGGAGUGUGUGUCAUCUUUGCAGUUCACUUAUCCUUCCCAAACAAAUGAAUGUAAAACAGUAGAAAACAAGGCAAGAACAAAAUUAAAAUGGAUAGCCAAAAAGGUACUAAUUUAAAUAUCGAUAAAGUCCAUUUAAUUUGUAUAUUUCCUGUAUAAAUAUCAUCGAUGAUUUAAACAAAUCUAACAUUUCUUACAAAUGUGCAAAUAAAACUGUUUACUGUA